AUGCAGACGUGGAAACGGCAGCUUACCGAGUAUUUCUUGCUGGCUCGUACCGAUCCAGACCCCAAGGCUCCUGCCAGCAAAGCCUUCACUGGAUUCAUCGUGGAAGCGGAUAGCCCUGGCAUCCAGAUUGGAAGAAAGGGGACGCCGCAGAAGGACGUUGUGAUCAGCCCCGAUGCCCCCAGCACGUUGCUCUCCGAGAAACACGCCGACUAUAUUGCUUCGUAUGGAGCAAAGAAAGACGAUUACGAAUACUGCAUGUCGGAGUACCUGAGGAUGAGUGGUGUUUACUGGGGGCUGACAGCAAUGGAUCUGAUGGGGCAGCUGCACCGGAUGAACAAAGAAGAGAUUCUGGCAUUCAUCAAAUCAUGCCAGCACGAAUGUGGUGGAAUAAGUGCCAGCAUAGGUCAUGAUCCUCAUCUUCUCUAUACCCUCAGUGCUGUCCAGAUUCUUAUCUUAUAUGAUAGUCUCCAUGUUGUUGAUGUAAAUAAAAUUGUUGAAUAUAUACAGAACUUGCAAAAAGAAGAUGGAUCAUUCGCUGGAGACAAAUGGGGAGAAGUAGAUACAAGGUUCUCCUUCUGUGCUGCAGCAACUCUUGCACUUCUGGGAAGGCUGGAUGCUAUUGAUGUGGGGAAAGCAGUAGAAUUUGUUCUGUCCUGUAUGAACUUUGAUGGAGGAUUUGGCUGCAGACCAGGUUCUGAAUCACAUGCGGGACAGAUCUAUUGUUGCACAGGAUUUCUGGCCAUUACAGACCAGUUGCAUCAAAUCAAUGCUGACUUGCUGGGUUGGUGGCUUUGUGAACGUCAGUUACCUUCAGGAGGUCUAAAUGGACGGCCAGAGAAGCUACCUGAUGUAUGUUACUCGUGGUGGGUGCUAGCAUCUCUGAAGAUGCUUGGUAGGUUACAUUGGAUUGACAGAGAGAAACUGCGCUGUUUUAUUUUGGCUUGCCAGGAUGAGGAAACUGGAGGAUUUGCUGACAGACCAGGAGAUAUGGUGGACCCAUUUCACACCUUAUUUGGAAUAGCUGGACUAUCUUUAUUAGGAGAAGAACAAAUUAAGGCUGUCAAUCCUGUCUUUUGUAUGCCAGAAGAUGUCCUUCGAAGAAUAAAUGUACAGCCUGAGCUUGUGAGCUAA